AUGCCGAACACUGAUCCCCUAUCACAAGUUGCUACACCUACUCAAAAACAUGCACCAAGUGAUUCUGUCACAUUUCCCAACUGCAAUCCCUCAUUGCCUAAUGUUCCGACAUCAUAUCAACAACACAUGCUGGGCACUACCAAUUAUGAUGCCCUAUUACAAAUUGCUAGUUUUACACCCCAACAAUCUGCACCAAGUGCCUCUGUCACAUUUCCCAGCUAUCCUAAUGCUCGUACGUCAUAUCAAACAUCCGGCUCUUCCCCCUGGAACUCUCAUUGUAAUAUUCCAAAUAUUUCGCCUCAUAUCAUGGAUCAUGAAACUCCUCUUGCUCGUGCUGUCAAUGGCAAUUUUCAAAACGAUUCAACCAAUUACAUGAUAUCACCUCAACAAUGGUUCAAUAUGUCCAAUAACAAUCAUAAUGCACAAAAAAAUGCAGCUGUACCACACAACAGCCACCGAUAA